AUGCCUUUUCCCAAACGCCGUGCUCUCAACGAUAUGCAUCUUCAUACUGUACUGCAAAUCCUAGAGUUAUGGAACUACAUCUCUUCCUACCCUGCAUGUGCAGACCUGCCUAUUCUUCGAGCAGUCAUGGCAGAACACCGCGGCUUCCUGGGGAGCUUGGAGACCACAAAAGUCUCAGGCCCGAUCAGACUCUCCAUAACCAAACAAAGCUUGUCGGCGGAGAGCUUCGCGCAUCCGCCACAGCUCAAUCUACUUAGGUACAGGAUCUUCCAAGUGAUUGGCAGGAUCAGGGAUACAUGGGCAGCUGUUCUCUCGAGACCUCAUGAUGUGGAUCUGUUGAACCUCCAGGGUUCAAUGGCUUGCUAUGAUAAUCUCCUAUCUGAUCUCGAAGGACAGCAACGGCUUGUGGCUGAAGAUGCAGUCAUUCAUGUCAAGAUUAAGCGCCGGCGAUCUCCAUCGCCCCAGUCCAGUCGCAAACGCCACAACGGUGGAGAUCAAUAUACAGACAUACUCUCAAGUCAAGCCUUACGCAUGCCAAGAAAUCAAUACUGCCGAGACGACGUGUUUCGUGGGCUUUUGGCGAUGAGUUGCGGGCAGAUCAAUCGCCCCGAUGCCACCACACACCCCUAG